CCCGCUCCCCACCAGUCUCGCGUAACGAAGCAAAUUCAUUCUCCAAAGAGAAAACUCCCGCCCCGCCCCCUGGCCCCUGGCCGCGCCGGCAGCUGAGACCCAGCAGGGAGCGGGCCGGGGCCGGGGCGAGGGGGGCGCCAUGCCGUGGGGCAGCAUCGAGGUGGAGGCGAAGUUCACAGCCGGGCCGGACACGGAGGCCAGGCUGGCGGCGCUGGGGGCGGCCCUGGCCGGGAGCUCGUCCUUCCGCGACCUCUACUACGACACCCCCGACCUGCGCCUCACGCGGGCCGACCACUGGCUGCGGCUCCGCCAGGGGGCCGGCUGGGAGCUCAAAUGCCCCCCGCUGCCCCCCGGAGGAGCCGCCCUGGCCCCGCAGCCGCCCGCGGGGGGCACCGGCGGCGUCCCGGAGGCCGCGGCCCAGGAGCCUCCCGCCGUGGCCACCACCUACCAGGAGCUGACGAGCCCCCGCGCCAUCGUGGGCCGGCUGUGCGGGGUGCUGGGCGUGGCCCCCGCGCCCGCCUGGGACCAGGUGCCCGGCGCUGUGGCUGGCCUGGGCCUGCAGGAGUUCGCCAGCUUCGGGACCCGGCGCCGCAGCUACCGGCUGGGGGGCCUGCGCGUGGACCUGGACCAGGCGGAUUUCGGCUACGCCGUGGCCGAGGUGGAGGCCCUGGUGGCGGCCCAGGAGGAGGUGCCGGCGGCGCUGGAGGAGGUGCUGCAGCUCCGGCGGGCACUGGGGCAGGACGGUGCCACCCGCGUGCCCGGCAAGAUGAGCGUCUACCUCCAGCGGCAUCGCCCCCGGCACUACCAGGCGCUGCUGCGGGCGGGGGUGCUGGCCGGGGACCCGGAGCCGCCCCCCCAGGGCGACGACGCGGCCGGACCUGAGACGCUGGAGAAACGGGGCCCCUCCCCAGUGAUGGAACUGGCGGGGGGGCCGGAGAGCGAAAUGGGGCACCCUAGAGCCGGGGGGGGAUUGGGCAUGGACGGGCCCCCUCUGCAGCACAGCGCCCCCUAGUGCCGGGGGGAUUGGGCACGGACGGGCCCCUCUGCAGCACAGCGCCCCCUAGUGCCGGGGGGAUUGGGCACGGACGGGCCCCCUCUGCAGCACAGCGCCCCCUAGUGCCAGGGGGGAUUGGGCACGGACGGGCCCCCUCUGCAGCACAGCGCCCCCUAGUGCUGGGGGGAUUGGGCACGGACCGGCCCCUCUGCAGCACAGCGCCCCCUAGUGCCGGGGGGAUUGGGCACGGACCGGCCCCUCUGCAGCACAGCGCCCCCUAGUGCCGGGGGGAUUGGGCACGGACCGGCCCCUCUGCAGCACAGCGCCCCCUCGUGCCGGGGGGGGAUUGGGCACGGACGGGCCCCCUCUGCAGCACAGCGCCCCCUAGUGCCGGGGGGAUUGGGCACGGACGGGCCCCCUCUGCAGCACAGCGCCCCCUAUUGCCGGGGGGAUUGGGCACGGACGGGCCCCUCUGCAGCACAGCGCCCCCUAGUGCCGGGGGGAUUGGGCACGGACGGGCCCCUCUGCAGCACAGCGCCCCCUAGUGCCGGGGGGAUUGGGCACGGACGGGCCCCUCUGCAGCACAGCGCCCCCUAGUGCCGGGGGGAUUGGGCACGGACCGGCCCCUCUGCAGCACAGCGCCCCCUAGUGCCAGGGGGGAUUGGGCACGGACGGCCCCCUCUGCAGCACAGCGCCCCCUAGUGCCAGGGGGGAUUGGGCACGGACGGGCCCCUCUGCAGCACAGCGCCCCCUAGUGCCGGGGGGAUUGGGCACGGACCGGCCACUCUGCAGCACAGCGCCCCCUAGUGCCAGGGGGGAUUGGGCACGGACGGGCCCCUCUGCAGCACAGCGCCCCCUAGUGCCGGGGGGAUUGGGCACGGACGGGCCCCUCUGCAGCACAGCGCCCCCUAGUGCCGGGGGGAGUGGGCACGGACGGGCCCCGUCCACAGCACAGCGCCCCCUAGUGCCGGGGGGAUUGGGCACGGACCGGCCCCUCUGCAGCACAGCGCCCCCUAGUGCCGGGGGGGAUUGGGCACGGACGGGCCCCUCUGCAGCACAGCGCCCCCUAGUGCCGGGGGGGAUUGGGCACGGACGGGCCCCUCUGCAGCACAGCGCCCCCUAGUGCCGGGGGGGAUUGGGCCCGGACCGGCCCCUCUGCAGCACAGCGCCCCCUAGUGCCGGGGGGAUUGGGCACGGACGGGCCCCCUCUGCAGCACAGCGCCCCCUAGUGCCGGGGGGAUUGGGCACGGACGGGCCCCCUCUGCAGCACAGCGCCCCCUAGUGCCGGGGGGAUUGGGCACGGACGGGCCCCCUCUGCAGCACAGCGCCCCCUAGUGCCGGGGGGAUUGGGCACGGACGGGCCCCUCUGCAGCACAGCGCCCCCUAGUGCCGGGGGGAUUGGGCACGGACGGGCCCCUCUGCAGCACAGCGCCCCCUAGUGCCGGGGGGGAUUGGGCACGGACGGGCCCCUCUGCAGCACAGCGCCCCCUAGUGCCGGGGGGAUUGGGCACGGACGGGCCCCUCUGCAGCACAGCGCCCCCUAGUGCCAGGGGGGAUUGGGCACGGACGGGCCCCUCUGCAGCACAGUGCCCCCUAGUGCCGGGGGGAUUGGGCACAGACCGGCCACUCUGCAGCACAGCGCCCCCUAGUGCCGGGGGGAUUGGGCACGGACGGGCCCCUCUGCAGCACAGCGCCCCCUAGUGCCGGGGGGGAUUGGGCACGGACGGGCCCCCUCUGCAGCACAGCGCCCCCUAGUGCCGGGGGGAUUGGGCACGGACGGGCCCCCUCUGCAGCACAGCGCCCCCUAGUGCCGGGGGGAUUGGGCACGGACGGGCCCCUCUGCAGCACAGCGCCCCCUAGUGCCGGGGGGAUUGGGCACGGACGGGCCCCUCUGCAGCACAGUGCCCCCUAGUGCCAGGGGGGAUUGGGCACGGACGGGCCCCUCUGCAGCACAGCGCCCCCUAGUGCCAGGGGGGAUUGGGCACGGACGGGCCCCUCUGCAGCACAGUGCCCCCUAGUGCCGGGGGGGAUUGGGCACAGACCGGCUCCUCUGCAGCACAGCGCCCCCUAGUGCCAGGGGGGAUUGGGCACAGACCGGCCACUCUGCAGCACAGCGCCCCCUAGCGCUGGGGGGAGGGAGAUUGGGCACAGCGCCCCCUAGCGCCGGGGGGGGGGAGAAUUAGGCCUGGACUGGCCCCUCUGCAGCGCAGCACAGCGCCCCCCAGCUGCAGCCCGCGUAAGGCUCCUGCCUGUAACAGCAGGGCCCUAUGGGGCUGGCCCACGGCCAAGCAAGCGAGGCAGGCGGCUCCCUGCCGCGUGAUGCCUGCCCCGGCCCAAGGGCGGACACAGAGGAAAGCUGCAGCCGUGGGACCCGCCCCUUUGACCCCCGGGGGGGAGGAUGUGGACAGCUGCCCCCCCCCUUAAUUCAACCCAGUUACGCUAGGCUGAGGCAGCCCCCACCUGGGGGGGAGGGAAGUUUGGGCUGGCAAAGAGCUGGGGGGUAUGGGGGGGUCAAGGGUCAUGCUUGGCUCUGGUUGCCCCCUAGCUGAGCAAUGGGAGAGGACGGGGACCCUUGGCCUGAGCUCAGCAGGUUGUGCUGCCGCGCGGCGCCCCCUAGUGACCGGCUGGGCAAGGUCCCCCCAGUGACUGGAUGGGUGAUGGGCCCCAGGGCACAGCGCCCCCUAGUGACCGGCUGGGCAAGGUCCCCCCAGUGACUGGAUGGGUGAUGGGCCCCAGGGCACAGCGCCCCCCAGUGACGGGCUGGGUGAGGGGCCCCUGUGACGAAGUGGGUUUUUUCCGUGUGGUCCAGGGGGUCGCAUGCAGAGGGAGCAGGACUCAGUUUCCCUGGGUGUCACUGGUUUAACGAGGGGGGGGAGGAGUUCGGUGGGACCCCAGCCCAUGGCCUGGGGGAUGGAGACCCCAGCGACUGGGGACCCGGCUCAGGAGUCGCAGCCGGUUUUGGCCGGGGGGACAAUGGGCCCCGGUGACCUGAGCAGCCGGUUCCAGCCAGAGGGGGGCUGAGAGGGGAGGAGACCCAGGCCCGGUUUACGCCCGUUUCCCUGGAGAGAAGCCA